GGGAAGUACUUAUUAUUUUAGAUCUGAAUUAGUACAAAUCUAUAUAUAAGCUCCGAAUUAAUGUAAACAAUAUAUAGAUAAGUAAGUUGAAUUCUUCCAACAAAGAAAAAAAAAACAUAUUAUAUAUAUGUAUGCAUAUAUUAGCAAGCAUACAAACCAACUCUGCAAAAACGAAAGAAAAAAAAAAUCAUUCUCCAAGUUGAAUAUACAUUUUCUCAGUUUCACAUAAAACACACACACACACACACAGUUUUAGGUAGUUUUUGUUUUUUUGCAUAGUUUAGAGGUGAAGAUGGGGAACAAGAAUUCAAGUGGAAGAAGAUUAUUCUUCAAUUCAUCAUCUUCAUUUGAUCAUGAUUCUGAUCAUGCCUACCGCCUGCCGCCUCUUUCUUACAGCAGCACGCCGCGCCACCCGUGCUGCACGCCCCGCCACCACCACGCCCCGGCGGCUUACAGCUACGCCCCGUCUCCGCCGCCCCGCCGCCGCCUCGACCGGAAGUUCUCGAGGAUUGCUGAUAACUACCAAACCCUCAAUCAGGUUACGGAUGCUCUUUCUAGGUCAGGAUUGGAAUCAUCAAAUCUAAUAGUUGGCAUUGAUUUCACUAAGAGCAAUGAGUGGACAGGGGCAAGGUCAUUCAAUAGGAAAAGCUUACACACAAUUGGGAGUAGGCUAAAUCCCUACGAGCAAGCCAUAUCAAUCAUAGGGAAAACGUUAUCCGACUUUGACGACGAUAAUCUAAUUCCGUGUUUCGGGUUUGGAGACGCCUCGACGCAUGAUCAGGACGUCUUCAGCUUCUACGCGGAUGGGAGGUUUUGCGAGGGGUUCGAGGAAGUUCUGACACGAUAUAGGGAACUAGUCCCGCAACUUCGCCUUUCAGGGCCGACUUCAUUCGCCCCGGUGAUCGAGAUGGCUAUGAGCAUUGUUGACAAAAGCCGCGGCCAGUACCAUGUUCUGCUCAUAAUAGCCGAUGGACAGGUAACGAGAAGUGUUGACACUCCAGAUGGACAACUCAGCCCUCAAGAGAGACAAACAGUAGAUGCCAUUGUUAGAGCAAGCUACUAUCCGCUGUCCAUCGUCGUCGUCGGGGUCGGCGACGGCCCCUGGGACAUGAUGAAGGAGUUCGACGACAACCUCCCCCAGAGAGCAUUCGACAAUUUUCAAUUUGUCAACUUCACAGACAUAAUGUCAAGAAAUGUGGAGCAAUCAAGAAAAGAGGCAGAGUUUGCUCUGUCUGCUCUAAUGGAGAUCCCCACACAGUAUCAAGCUACACUAGAGCUCAACAUUUUAGGGCGUGUGACGGGUCAGGAUUCGAACAGAGCUGCUCUGCGGCCGCCUUCCUCGGCUAGAGGCAGCAGCGCCCGCUACAACCCUUACCGACAAGCUUCAAACCACCCCGAUCAACAUGAAAUGGCAGCUCCCGCCUCCCUUUACGACAGCAAGAUUUGCCCCAUAUGCCUCAGCAAUGCGAAGGACAUGGCUUUUGGCUGCGGACACCAGACAUGUUGUGAGUGUGGAGUAGACCUCGAAGACUGCCCCAUUUGCAGGAGCAUAAUCACAACCAGAAUAAAGCUGUAUUCAUAGCCAUGAUCAACUGCUGCUAGUCUUGUAAAUAUCUUGAUGAAGCAGAAGACAUGGUUUUAAUGGAGAUGGAAGAUCUCUCUACUGUAAGAAUUGAAAGCUUCAUUUGUUUUAUUUUUUGGCUUUCUGUAAUUUUGAUAGAUUUGUUGUUGUACAUAGAAAGGAACUCUUUCUAGGAUUUUUGAGUUGUUGAGUUUGCCAUCUUAUUUCAACACAAACAUAAUUCCAAAUAUAGAGGAAAUUUUGAUGCAAA